UUAGUACUUGAAAAAUAGCGCUCAGUCAGUUCACCCGAUUCAAGCGAGUGUGUAGUCUUUCUGUUUACCUGUACGGAGCUUUCAUUCUCCCGAAAGUGAUCACUAAAUACCUCCUUGAACAUCCCAAAACUUUCCUGCUCAUUAUUAUUGUUUGUUAUUUCUGCCAUAAGCAAUAUGUCGGUUGUUGAAAUUCAAACUAAAGUGUACGAGGGCCAAAAACCGGGUACUUCAGGUCUUCGCAAAGCGGUAAAAGUGUUUCAACAAGAACAUUACACUGAAAAUUUCGUUCAAGCGAUUCUGACAGCCCUAGGAGAUCAACUGACCGGCUCAACCCUCAUCGUGGGUGGUGAUGGACGUUAUUAUGUAAAAGAAGCUGUUGAAAAAAUUAUAAGGAUUGCGGCUGCCAAUGGAGUGGGGAAAUUGAUAGUAGGUCAGAAUGGAAUAUUGUCGACACCGGCAGUCUCCACUCUAAUCCGUAAAUAUAAAACUCAAGGUGGCAUUGUUCUCACUGCAUCGCACAAUCCUGGUGGACCCAAUGCCGAUUUCGGUAUAAAGUUCAACUGUGACAAUGGUGGGCCAGCUCCGGACAACGUGACAAAUCAAAUUUAUGAGCUGACAAAAUCAAUCAAAUCAUAUAAAACUGCUCCUAAUAUCAACAUUGAUAUUACAAAAAUACAAACUCACAAUUUGGUUGUGGAUGGGAAAUCCUUUGUUGUUGACAUAAUUGAUUCUGUGGAUGAUUAUGUGGCGUUGAUGAAGGAGAUAUUCGACUUUCCAAGCAUAAAGACGCUUCUACAGGGUAGUAGCAGCCGACCUAAAUUUCAAAUACUCAUUGAUUCUCUUCAUGGAGUAACUGGCAUAUACGUAAAACGUAUAUUUGGCCUUGAGCUUGGUGUUGAUGAUGCUAGUAUGGUGCAUGUGGAACCGCUGGAGGAUUUCGGCGGUCUCCAUCCAGAUCCAAAUUUGACUUAUGCUGCCGAUCUGGUGAACACUGUUCGGAAUGGCACUCACGAUAUGGGAAUGGCCUUUGAUGGCGAUGGUGACAGAAAUAUGAUCAUUGGGAAAAAAGCAUUUUUCGUGACACCGACAGACUCCGUUGCUGUCCUGGCAGCUCAUCUGGAUAUCAUUCCCUACUUUCAAAAGACAGGAAUUAAGGGAUAUGCUAGAUCGAUGCCCACUGGUGCUGCUAUAGAUCGUGUGGCUGCCAAAAAGAAAGUUGAAUGCUUCGAAGUGCCCACAGGAUGGAAAUACUUCGGAAAUCUCAUGGAUGCUGGUAGGUUGUCCCUGUGUGGAGAAGAAAGCUUUGGCACUGGUUCCGAUCAUAUUCGAGAAAAGGACGGUAUCUGGGCGGCCUUAGCGUGGCUGAAUAUUAUCGCUAAACUUAAUAAAUCAAUCGAAGAGAUUUUGAAAGACCAUUGGAUUACUUACGGUCGAAAUUUUUUCACCCGAUAUGAUUAUGAGAAUUGUGCCAUUGAAGACGCAAGUCGCGUGAUGGCUGAAGUCGAAACGAAAAUUCAGGAUCCUAGUUUCAAAGGUACCAAAUUGAGCUCUGGUAACAAAGUUUACGUCGUUGGAGAAGCGGAUAAUUAUUCUUACAAGGAUCCGAUAGACGGAAGUGUCGCUACCAAACAGGGAUUACGAGUUCUUUUUGAAGAUGGAUCACGUAUAAUUUAUCGACUAUCUGGCACUGGCAGCUCUGGUGCAACAAUUAGAUUGUACGUCGAGAGUUACGAGUCUGAUCCUACGACUUUUGAUAAAGACGCACAGGAAAUACUGAAACCUCUCGUUGGUAUUGCUCUAGAUCUAGGGAAAAUUAAAGAGUUUACUGGUCGGAAUGCUCCUACAGUCAUCACGUAAAUCAUUUUAGAGUUUGUUUUACUCUAGCUUUAUUUUCACAUUGUCUUCGACAAUUUUUCGAUUUUUAAUCAACUUUAUACCGUACUUGAUAAACUGGGAAAAAUGUUCUUUAUCAUCGUUAUUUUUGAAAAGAAAAUACCGCAGUGGAAUUUUUCAAGAAAGUUUGAUGCACUACAAAU